GCAUCAGCACGCAGGGACCACUGCAUCGGAAGCUUCCAGCAAGAAAGCGUUGUUCAUGCAAAAGCUGAAGGAAGCCAGCGAGAGUAGUGAACCCAUCUACUUGAAGAAGAAAGGCGACUAGAUUGUUAUUGAAGAUUCAAAUUCAUAUAAAUACGUGUGUAAAUUAGUCAAUCAACCCCCCAAACAUGGCGGACAUCGUAGAUCACAGCGACCACAGCGGCAGCGGAGCUUUCAGCGGAAAGGAAAAGAUCACCGAACUUCUCAACCGACGACACAAGGAACGCGAGAUACAGAUCCAGGCGGCCAAACUCGAACGCCAGAAGGAUGCCGACGAAACGGAAGCCAUCCAAUACUUCGAAGCAUCCUUCGAGGAAAAACUUAAACUAAUCAGGGACAGGCUGGAAGCGGUAACCGGAAGCGAUUCGAAGGCUCAGGUUUUCGCCGAGGUUCAGAACGAGAUCUAUGAUUUGCAGCGGUAUCUGUCCACGUCGACGUUUUUCCUGCACGAGUAUAAGAUCAAAGUGUGUCAGAAUGCCAUCAACGAGGUGUGUAAGAAGCUGGAUACGCUGAAGAAUGAACUGAUUCCGAAAAAGAAGUUCGGCUUCAAAAGUAAGAAAACGGUGAAAAUCAAUCAGGAUGGAAAAGAUACCAUGGACAAGAUCGGAACAGGGGCUGAUUGCGAAGAAGGGGAUCGGAUGAAGUGGACAUUUUCCAACCGGAAAAAUGAGCUCAUCAUACUUCCCCGGGCCAUGGUUGAUGAUCAAACCGUAACGGCAACGAAUCUAACGGAUUGCAUCGUGAAGCUGGAAGGUCACUCCGGAUCGUUGCAGUUUUCCAAACUCCAGAAUUGCCUAGUCAUCUGCGGACCGACCUCGAGAUCCAUAUUCUUAGACGAUUGCACAAAUUGUAAGUUCGUCGUUGCAUGUCAGCAACUUCGCUGCCAUCGGUCGAAAAAUUGUGAUCUCUAUCUGAAAGUAACAUCCCGAGCCAUCAUCGAGGACUGCACCCGAAUCCAAGUGGCCCAGUACAAUAACUAUUACGAUGAACUGCAGAGUGACCUAAUCAAAUCCGGCUUGGACAGCGACGUUAACAAUUGGAACGAACUGGAUGACUUCAACUGGCUGGCAACGGAUAAACCCUCCCCGAAUUGGUCCAUCCUAGAUCCGGAUCAAACUAUAACCGAUUGGAACCGCUAUCAGGAACAAUUUAAACUAAACCAUACGCUUUGCGAAACUAUUGAAUAAAAACUCCGCUUGCUUAA